AUGCACAUCAUACUCCCGAAGCUCAACAACACCCCGCAGUACGCAUACUUGCCGCACCGCAGUACUUACAAUGCCAUCAGCCGCGCGGCGAGAUUCUGCUCCACAAUUCGUGAUCGCCUCGCUGCCUCUCGCAUCGAGGUUCAGGACCGCAAACAAGGCAAGGUGCGCAGCACAGUGACAGGCGGAGCUCUUAUCAGUUUAGACAUGAGUAAAGCUUUCGACUAUGUCUCACAUGCGUAUCUUGCUGCCGCCAUGCGUUUCCUUGAAAUCGACGAAGAUACUAUACAACUUGUCCUUGCCAUCCACCACACACAAUACCACGUGGAGCACAAAGGGCAUACUGGCCAAAUCUCGUUAGCUAAUGGCAUCCGACAGGGUUGUGUGCUCAGUCCGAUGUUGUGGGUGAUUGUGACGCAUUACAUGUUCCAUCAGCUUACUGUAAAGUUGACCAAUUUCGAGCCCCAUGCCUCAGCUGCAGCCUGGGUACGUGACUACAACACAUACUUCGCCGACGAUCUUUUAGCAAAGUUUGAGCUUGAAACGGUCGCCGACCUCAGGCUUGUCUGCACUCGCGUAGGCUGUUUGUUUGAGGUGUUAAAAGCAGCGGGCAUGCAGAUAAACGAUGAGAAGUCUCGGAUCUUGCUGCGCGCAUCGGGCAACACCUUGACAAAAUGGAUCCGUAAACGAUCCUAUGUUAAAGACGGCAUCAAGUACGUGCAACUUGGCACUCCUUUUGCGCCGGUCAACAUCCAGCUAAUCAAACAACUUGAUUACCUAGGCAUCACGUUGUCCUUUGCGCAGUUUGAGUGUCAGACCGCCAAAGCCCGCAUCAAGCAGGUUCUCCGAGACAUAUCACACAUGAGACAACCGCUGAUCUUUACAGCAGAUGUGGCCUGA